AUGAUCAGACAUUGGGCAAUCUUUUUGUUUUAUGCCAACUCCGUUUGUGCAUUAACCAAGGACAUUGUUCAACCAAACCCAGUGAUGGUUACUCACCGGGGAGCUAGUGUGAACAUCACUUGCUUUUGGCCAACUGAUGUGAAUACCGAUGUUGUUUGGUUCAAGCAGACUCUUGGACAAAAACCCCUUCUCAUGACAUCGACACUUUCCAGUGGACAAUAUUUUUACUUCAACAACUUUACCAAGGAUUUCACUGAGACUGAACACCUGAGUGUGAAGAGAGGAGUUGACAGCUUUAACCUGACCAUCUCCAAGACAGAGUCAGGGGACUCAGCUACUUACUACUGUGGUGCUAUGAAAGUGGGCAAAGUCAUAUUUGGAGAAGGAACUGUAUUGAUUGUAAAAGGUUCAGAGUCCAACAGCAUGUCUGUACUCCAGCAGCCUGUGUCUGAGUCAGUCCAGCCAGGAGACUCUGUGACUCUGAACUGUACAAUACACACUGAGACCUAUGCAGGAGAACACAGUGUCUAUUGGUUCAGACAUGGCUCAGGAGAAUCCCGUCCAGGAAUCCUUUACACCCAUGGAAACAGGAGAGAUCAGUGUGAGAAGAGCCCUGAGGCUGGGUCUCUUACACAGAGCUGUGUCUACAACCUCCACAAGGGGAAAGUCAGCCUCUCUGAUGCUGGGACUUACUACUGUGCUGUGGCCUCAUGUGGGGAGAUACUGUUCGGGAACGGGACAAAGCUGGAUGUUGACCAUGGUUGUAAGGGGGACCAGGUUCUUUUGGUGUACUGUCUGGGUGUAGCGUCGGGUCUGUGUGUCAUCAUCAUAAUUGUCCUUUGUUGUGUUUUGUAUAAGAUGAUCAAGAAAACCUCUCUGCUGUGCAGAGGAACGCAACCUCAGACAAGUGGUCUGGCAGUCGCCAGUUCUCAUAACCAGGAUCAAGAACACGAUGACACACUCACAUCGGUCCAUUACGCUGCUCUGAAUGUCAUCCACAAGAAGCCAAAGACCCAGAGACAGAGGAGCACCUUGGAGAGAGACACUGUUUACUCUGGUGUGAGGUGCCAAAACACGGACUGAAACAUCAACGUUUGCUCUUUAAUAAUGUGCAUUGAUUGUUUUGUUUUCUACACUAUAUGAAUAACUAUGGCUUUUUCAUUGUGUGUUACAAUUUGUUGUAUUCUGUUCGAGCUCCUUUUAAUAACGUUUCAUGUUCAAAAUUGUGCACUCUCCUCAAACAAUAGCAUGGUAUUCUUUCACUGUAAUAACUACUGUAAAUUGGACAGUGCAGCUAGAUAAACAAGAAUGUAACCUUUCUGCCAAUAUCAGAUAUGUCUAUGUCCUGGGAAUUUUUCCUGUUACUUAUAACUUCAUGCUAAUCGCAUUAGCCUAUGUUAGCUCAACCGUCCCGUGGAAGGGUCACCGAUCCCGAAUUAAAACCUCUUAAGGAUUACCCCGUUUUCUUUCAAUUUUCGCCUAAAAUAAGAUACCCAAAUCUAACUGCCUGUAGCUCAGGCCCUGAAGCAAGGAUAUGCAUAUUCUUGGUACCAUUUGAAAGGAAACACUUUGACGUUUAUGGAAUUGUGAACGGAAUGGAGUAGAAUAUAACGCAAUAGAUCUGGUAAAAGAUAAUACAAAGAAAAAAACAACUUUUCUUUUGUAUUUUUUUUGUACCAUCAUCUUUGAAAUGCAAGAGAAAGGCCAUAAUGUAUUAUUCCAGACCAAUUUAGAUUUUGGCCACUAAAUGGCAUUAGUGUAUGAGCAAAGUUUUAGACUGAUCCAAUGAACCAUUGUAUUUCUGUUAAAAAUGUUGUAUCUAGAUUGCCCAAAUGUGCCUAAUUUGUUUAUUAACAUUGGUGUCGUUGAGCAUUUUAGAGUAGAUACAAUAAAACAUUAAACUGCUUUCAUAUAGA